CUAACCUUGUCUCACAUCCUUCCCUUAGAACCCGGAGAAAACUGCGGGCGAUUUCUCUUAAUAAAUAUCCUCCCCUACCCUCCAACCAUAAAAACUCCAAUCAAGCCUUCGCUCCCCAAGCCCACCAUUCUCCCAUGCCUGCAAAAACACACUCCAUUCCAUUUAAGCCUUCACAGCUACUACUGCCAUCUCCUCUGCAGCACCAGUUAUAGCAGCCUCCUUGCCAUCAAAAACACACUCAUAACUCCCGUUAGGCCUUCGCUGCUGCUGCCACCUUUUCCACUGCAACACCAUACAUCGCAUGAUCUCAAGUUUCCCCGGCGUAGGCAUCAAUAUCGAGCAUGGAAGUCGAGUCUGCGACGUGCGAGUGCUGCGGGCUGCGAGAGGACUGCACCCAGGAUUACAUAAGUGGUGUGAAGGCCAAUUUCGAUGGCGUAUGGUUGUGCGGGCUAUGCUCGGAGGCAGUGAGAGAUGAAGUGAGCAGGAGCAGGAGGAAGGUUUGUGGGGUUCAGGAGGCUGUGAAGGCACAUAUGUCCUUCUGUAGGAAAUUCAAAUCCAAUCCUGCAGUCCGAGUAGCUGAUGGAAUGAGGCAAAUGCUUAGGAGGAGGUCUGGUGACAUGUCGAAAUCUGGCUCGGGAGUUUCUUCGAGGAAGUUUGGCAGGUCGGCGAGCACAUUACAAGUUGGGGAUGACACUUCAGUCUCCAUCAUCUGAUUUGAGAGAGAGUUCUAAGAUUGAAUUGAUAUCAGUUUGUUGUGGUGCUUAGUUCAUCUAAUCUUAGCUCUUCUUCUACUUUCUUCUCUGCUUCUUGUGUCUCUGUAUAUUGGAAUUGAUCUCAAUGGAUCUGGCUUCCUACUUAGAGAUAUUGCAGGUCUUGUGGGUUUUGAAUGACUCUCCUCAUGUGUUCCUUACUCGUAUUGAUCUGAUCUGAUGAAGAUUUAUUAUCCAUCGGAGCUAAAUCAUUAGUCUGUUUCCGAAUUUAUAUGUUCUUUUAUUCUUGUGGAAAUUGCACGAGUUUCUAAGUGCUUGACCAA